GGUAUUACACCUUAUGAAAGAAAGUGUAAUUUUAAUUAAAUGCUUUGAGGUUACCUACACAUUUAAUAUAUGCUGUAUAUAAGGACACAUUUUCAGGGACUAGUCAUUCAAUCAUGGAGUUCAUUAAGAGUAACAAGGGUGGCAGAAAGUUAAUUCAUAAUGGUUAUCUAUACAUCAAGAGAAGUUCGAAUAAGAGUUCCAUCUACUGGCAGUGUUCACAUAAGGUGAAGUUUGCGUGUAAGGCUUUGCUUACAAGUGACUUAGAUUGUGCUGUUGUGAAAUCUGUAUCAGCUCACACACAUGAUCCAGAUUCUAGUGAAGUGAAGGCAGAGAAGGCUAGGCAACAAAUCAAUGCCGAUGCUUUAAGGUCAAGGGCGACUCCUGGACAGCUGGUGUUCGACGAAAUGGCUCGACAAGAAUUAGAUGUAAGAGUGAAAAUGACUACAGCAUGUUCCCUCAAGAGAAACAUAAACUAUAAACGUAGGCAGAAACAGCCUCCCGUACCACAGACUCUUGAGGAUUUGAUCUUUGAAGGUGAAUGGAGGGAAACUUAUGAUCAGAAACCAUUUCUUCUGUGUGACAUGCAUGAAGCUACAGAUCGAGUCACAAUAUUUGCAACCAAUGAUGGCCUAAAGAAUCUAUGUGCUGCAGAUUCCUGGUUUAUGGAUGGAACUUUUAAAUCAUGCCUUUAG